AUGCCUACUAAAAGAAAAAGGGCACUUUGGUCAGAGGAACAGCUAGUGGCAGCAGUUUGCGCAGUAGAGAGAAAUAUUUUGAGCACAUAUGCGGCAGCAGAAAGAUAUAAUAUCCCUCGAAGAACGAUUCGAAAUCAUCUUAAGAGUGGCAAUGUAAAGAAAACACUCGGUCGCAAAGCCAUACUGUCCAAAGACCAAGACCAAGAAUCUGAGCUGGUAAGCAGAAUAAUUAGAUUCGCUGAAAUAGGUUUGCCGAAAACACCACGAAUCCUUCGUCGUCUGGUUUACAAAUUUUGCGAAAUGAACAACAUUAAGCACAAUUUUAAUAUCAACCUAAAACUGGCAGGCAAAGAUUGGCUAUCAGCUUUCAUGAAGAGAAACCCGAUUAUUUCCAAGCGAAAAGCCCAAUUUAUGAAUCCCGCGAGGGCACAAAAAUUAAAUAAAUUUAUAAUGGAUGACCAUUUUGCUAAAAUCAGUAAAUUUUACGAUCAGCUGGACCUAAAAACCCACCCCGAGCGAAUAUACAAUAUGGACGAAAAGGGUUGCAGGCUGACGGUGCACCACCAACAUAAUAAUAUACCAGCAGGGACUCUUGUAGCUAAGUCAGCCAAAGGUUACAUGACUAAUGAAUUAUUUAAAGAUUUCCUAAAUCAUCUAGCCAAAUAUUGGGUUGUCGGAAAAGUCAUGACGUAUAUGCAACAAAGUAUGCAAUUGCAUGGUUGGAAGUACGUGAGUCAAUGA